GUCGACGGCCUCGGAGACCUUCCCACUCAUGAACAUAACCGGGCACCUUCCCUGCACCUCUCAUCCUUCUUUGUGCGGUAGUCGACGUGCGAGGAUGACAAGUGGAUCCUGACUGCAUUGUCCAUCCUGCAUACCUUGUCUCCCCCUCCACUGUCGUGAUUCUCAUUAUAUUAACUACUGCCUCGGACGACCCAGCGCUCUGGAACCUGACAACACAUCGCCUGCUCCUCGAUCAUUUCAGCAAUCCCUCGCACACCGUCGUUAUCGAGACGCGCGUGUGCGAAAACUGACCGGGAUUGCACCCCCGACCGCCUACUGUGUUGCACCGGCUGAUCGCAUGACUUCGGGUUGGGCGUUCCAAUGCUCUCAACGGUCCUUCUCGUCAGCUUGGCCUUUGUGGCCAUCUACGUCGUGCGUGCGACUUCGCGAAACAAUGCACUGAAGCAGUUUGGUGGCCAUUGGUCAGCUGGCUGGUCACGGAUAUGGCUCCUCCGCACGCAGGGCAGCGGAGAGAUGAACUUGCGCUUCACGGCCUUGAACCGAAAAUAUGGAUCAACGGCACGGAUUGGCCCUCGUAUGUUGGUGACGGCGGACCCUGAGCUGUUCAGGCGAAUGAAUGCAGUGAGAUCUUCCUUCACUCGCGGACAAUGGUACAGAGCACUCAAGCUCCAUCCGGAACGCGACAACAUCACAUCCUAUAUUGACGAAGAGAAACAUGAUCAUAUCCGCAACCGCAUGGCCCCGGGCUACUCCGGCAAAGAGAACAAACACCUCGAAAGUGAAAUCGACUCCAAACUGCUGAAAUUCUUCGACCUCAUCAACGAGAAAUACCUCGCGCAACCCGCAUCCGGCGCAUACAAAUCUCUCGAUCUCGCGAGAAUCACCACGUAUUUCACCCUCGAUGUCAUCUCCACGAUCGCCUUUGGCCAAACAUUCGGCUUUCUGGACAACGAUGAGGAUCCUUUCGGCUACCUGGAAAACCUGGCGCAGAUGCUCCCCGCCAUCAUCGUCUUCGGCGUCUACUCCGAACUGACCCGACUUACGAACAUUUCGUUCAUCAAGGCCGCGAUGCCCAGCUCGACCGAUAAGCGAGGUCUCGGGCGCGUCAUGGGCUUCGCCGCCGAGCGCGUCCGAGAGCGCUUCGGCAACGCCCCCAUCGUACGGCAGGACAUGUUGGGCUCAUUCAUCAAAAAGGGUCUCGGCAUGGAGGAGCUCGAGAGCGAGACCUUGACGCAAAUUACCGCCGGAUCCGACAGCACCGCUUCGGCCCUACGGCUGGCCAUUCAUUAUAUUUCCACCUCCCCGCCCGUGCUCGACCGUGUCCUCGCCGAAAUGCGCGCGGGCAUCAGAGCGAAGAAGAUCAGCCGACCCGUGAUCAAGGACUCCGAGGCGCGCCAACUACCAUAUCUCCAGGCAUGCAUCAAGGAAACCUUUCGCCUUUCGCCUCCCGUCACCGGUCUUCUAGCCAAGGAAGUCCCGGCAGGCGGCGUGGACAUCGACGUCGACGGCGUCAAGAAGUUCGCUCCCGGUGGCACGCAGAUCGGCUGGAACUCCUGGGGAAUGAUGCGCGACGCGAAGACCUUCGGGCCGGAUGUGGAGGUCUUCCGGCCGGAGCGCUGGCUAGCUGUGGACAGCAGUCAGGCGGAGAAAGAUCGAGUGACCAAGAUGACCGACGUGGUCGGUCUCGCGUUCGGCUAUGGACGGUUCGGCUGUCUCGGGCGUGGAAUUGCUACGAUGGAGCUGAACAAAGCCAUCGUCGAGGUGAGUGAAUUUUUUCCCAAAGCCGUCCCAUGAUACAACAACCUUGUUGUCUUUAUCUCUGACCCCCGUCUCUCGUCACAGUCACUGUUCCGCUUCAAUUUCCAGCCGUGCAACCUCUCGCACCCGUUCCGCGAGGUGGUCGUCGGCUUCACGAUACAUCAUGACAUGAAUUACGUUAUCACGGAGAGAAAGG